AUGUCGUCUCCAUUUCACUUGGCGCUGCCUCCAAUGGCACCCGCAGUGCCUCUUGCCCGUGUGCCGGGUCCAAAGCUGCAACAUUUCACACCUACGGGCCAAGCCAACAUAGAGUUCAUCGAGGAACGACCGGACUACAAAGUCUGGAAGGUCAGCAGCGACGGUCAUGGUCCAUAUGCCCUCAAGAUGUUCCUGUUCCGUACGUGGGAGACACUGUCCGAAACCAGUGGCAAAUAUGCUGCUAGCCUUGCAAAGCCCGAGUUUUAUGUGGAUUACUUAACGCCUUUCAGCUGCGAAUGCCGGGCGUACGGCAGGUCGAAGCAAGAAGGCCGGGAGGAUCUUGCAGUGAAGAGCCACGGAUAUCUCUACCGACACGCGAACAGGAAACCGAGGUCACGGAGGCCAUGGGAGUGGAUGACGAACAGCUGGAUGAGCCUGACAUCUGAGCAACACAGGAGUCAUCCGAUCUACGCCAUCGUCAAAGAUUUUGUUUCCCCAGGGGUCAAGCACUUCACCCAGUCGCAAGUAUCACACUUGUGGAGCGACGUGGAAGCGCUUCACAGAAUUGGAAUUCUCGUCAGGGACCUGCACGUUCGCAACUACAUGGAUGGGAAGCUGGUGGACUUCAGCCGAGCAUGGACGAUGUACCAUACCUGCCUCGACAGAAACCCCGACACAUUUAACUGGUUGAGAGUGGAGAAUGCUCGAGAGCUAUUAGAAGGCAUCUCCUCUUGGCUGGAAAACACACCUCUCGACUUGCCGGUCGAGAUUCCACCGGUUUUGAAGCGCUGUGUGGGAUGGUACGGCGGUGACGGCGAAAUUGGGGCCGAUCCCAGCAAAUACGACUGGCAGAAAUGGGGGGACAAUUUGGACAUGGCAAAAGACUUUUUUGAGGAGGAUCUUUAUGGCCCGGCAAGCGAGGAGGAAUCAUCCUAG